GCAUGCGCAGUGACAGUGAGUCUGUCAGUGAGAGUUUUCCACCGCGGUCACUUUAAGGAAGUUUAGAUCAACUUUCUCUUCGUACCUGCGCUGUUUGCUUGUUUGUUUGUUUGUUGACGUCACAGCAGGUGAGUUUUUUUACUUUAAAACACGAGCCUGUUGAGCGCGAGGACAUGACCUGUGGCGGUGUUUAUGUUUGACAGUUAACCGCGGUUUUCACGGCUCAGGUGUGUGUGUGUGGGUGUAAAUGUGUGCGCGCUCUCUCCUUUACUCUGAUUUGAAGGAAAGUUUCGGUUUUUUUUUUUUUACCUUCGUUGUUAUUGAAGAAACAAACGUCAGGGAUGACGUCACUGUCCGACCUGGAGCACCUGGCAGAAAUAGAGCUGCAGGAGGAGGACGAGGAGGAGGACGAGGAGGAGGACGAGGGUGAGGCGCGUGUCGCAGACGCUCCGUCGUCGUCGCCGCCGCCGCUGCAGUCUCUCGCGUCACAUCCGUACUAUGACGUGGCUCGACAUGGAAUAAUCCAGGUCUCCGGCGACGAUAACUACGGCAGGAAGUUGAUCACCUUCAGCAGCUGCUGUUUGCCUCCAUCACACCAGCUCAACCACCGACGUCUGCUCGAGUACCUGAAGUACACGCUGGACCAGUACGUGGAGAUGGACUACAUCCUGGUUUACUUCCACCACGGCCUGAGGAGCAGCAACAAGCCGUCGCUCAAGUGGUUACGAGAGGCGUACGGCGAGUUCGACAGGAAGUACAAGAAAAACCUGAAGACUCUUUACGUCGUACAUCCAACAAACUUCAUCCGAAUCGUCUGGAACAUUUUCAAACCGUUGAUCAGCCACAAGUUUGGAAAGAAGCUGAUGUAUGUGAACUUCCUGGAUGAACUGCGAGAACAUGUGAACUACGAGCAGCUCAUCAUUCCCGCCGACGUGGUCAGACACGAUGAAAAGUUGCGAGAGGCUCAGAAGAGCGGAGCUCCGCCCCCAGCGAAGACCCCGCCUCCCCGACCGCCGCUGCCCACGCAGCAGUUUGGCGUCAGUCUGCAGUACAUCAGAGAGAAGAACAGGGAGGCGAUAAUCCCACCUGUGAUGCAACAAACCGUCACGUACCUGAAGGAGAAAGGUGAGUGA